AUGCCAGGAGAAGUCCAGGUAAAGCGCAAAUCCGAGAUCACAGCACCUGAUGGGCCUCAAACGGAUGGCAUGAUUCGUAUGCCAGCUAUCGUUGACAAGUCGGAUCAGAUUUGCGGGACAGAUACAAUUGUAUACGCUGCUAGCGGUCACGGUGCAAUUGUGAGCGGCCCCAAUGGCUCAAAGCGCCAGGAGCUUGCACCAGGCGACUUUGCGCUGAUUCCAGCCUAUGCCGAGCAUCAGGAAGUCAACGAUAGCGCUGAAGAUGUGGUGUGGAUAAUCACUCGAGGGGGCCGUAACCCUGUUGUUCAUAACUUGGAAGGAUGGGGGAAGUCGUAG